AUGGUGUUGGGGUGUAUAGAGGGCCUCUCCUCCUCUACAACCGACCAGCAGCAGCAGCAGCAGCAGCAGCAGCAACAAAACGGUAGCAGCAGCAACAGCAGAGCAAGAAUAGCACUCGUAGCAGCAUCAACACAGCAGCAGCAGCAGCAGCAGCAACAGCAGCAGCAGCAGCAGCAGCAGCUGCAGCAUCUGCUGCAGCGGGAGCGCCGCUACAUCUGCCCCCCCCGUAGCAGCAGCAGCAGCAGCAGCAGCAGCAGCAGCAGCAGCAAGGACAACAGCAGCAGCAGCAGCAGCAGUAGCUGCAGCACAUGCCACCGCAUGAAUAACAGCAGCAGCAACAGCAGCAAGAAUAGCACUCUAGCAGCAGCAGCAGCAGCAGCAGCAGCAGCAGCAGCAGCAAGUGAGGAUGAGCGUGAGCAGCAGCAGCAGCAGUUGCUGCUGCUGCAGCAACAGCAGCAACAGCAACAGCAACAGCAGCAGCAGCAGCAGCAGCAGCAGCAGCAGCAGCAGCAGCAAGAAGAUAUAUACGAGGGUUUAGCUUCGAGAUAUGAAGCAGCAAACCUCCGCAGCAUCGGCGCUUCUUUAACUGCUCUGCAUAUAUUGACUUAUCCUAUACAAACCCUGCAAAGCCGCAUUCUAUGCGCUCGUUAUUUAUCUCCUGUUGUUAUUCCUGUUUUUUGUGAGUACACUGGAGACACAGCAGCAGCAGCAGCAGCAGCAGCAGCAGCAGCAGCAGCAGGGGGAGCAGCAGCAGCAGGAGAAAACACAGCAGCAGCAGCAGCAGCAGCAGCAGCAGCAGCAGCAGCAAGAAGAGAUACUAUACAGGGGGCCCCCGUCAUCGUCAGGCAGCCGCUGCUGCUCUCCAUGGGCCUCCCGGGGGCCCUCAAUGUUUUUGCUGUGUUAUUCCUGUUUUUUGUGAGUACACUGGAGACACAGCAGCAGCAGCAGCAGCAGCAGCAGCAGCAGGGGGAGCCUCGCGCAGGGUAUACGAAGCAGAAGGAGUUGGGGGCCUCUUCAGGGGUUUUGUUCCGUCUUGUUUACACAGACUUUGCCGGUGAGGGUUUAGGGUAUACGAAGCAGAAGGAGUUGGAGGUCUCUUCAGGGGUUUUGUUCCGUCUUGUUUACACAGACUUUGCCGGGAUGUUCUCCACUUUCUGCUGCUUCGUUACUGCUAUAAACAAACUGUCUUUCUUACUCGCUUCUUCUUCCGUGUCGUUGGUGGAGCGUACACCUCGCUGCGUAGAAUGCUUCCCUUCUGCUCUCAGCAGCAGCAACACAGCAGCAGCAGCAGCAGCAGCAGCAGCAGCAGCAGCAGCAGCAGCAGCAGCAGCAGCAACGGGGGAGUAA